AUGGCAUCCCAUAACGGCAUAUGGCACAAGACCUCCGUUGAGGCCGCUCACGAGCAAAGCCGAACAUAUCAGACCGUCUCCACCGUUUCUGGACACAAACGACCUCGUUCUGAGUCCGAACAUCCUCCUGCGCCGAGACCAACAACGCUGCCGAGCCAUACAGCACAUGUACAGCGAGCGUCAAGUUUGCCCCCGGGCCCUCCAAAGCUCACGGCAAGCCCGAUAAUCUCUCUGGACGUUGUUACCCAGGGCCCGUCCGAAUAUACUCAGCGACGGAGCUUCCCUUCAACGCCAUCUUUGCCUUCGGAUCCAUUGCUUGCCCUCGCCCAUCCCUUCUACGGACUUCCUCGGCCGUUGUUGCGGAACUUCCACAGCCUUGGUAUCAAAAUCAUGUACCCUUGGCAAAAGGCCUGCCUGCGCGGCCCAGGGCUUCUUUCUGGGGAGAGAAAUCUUGUCUAUAUAUUGAUGUUGAAGAGGGUGCUCGAGGACAAAAAUGCCAAAGCUCUCCUCGUAUUGCCUUAUGUUGCACUUGUACAAGAAAAGGUCCGUUGGCUGCGGAAUAUCGUUCAAAACGUGCCAAAGCCAAAGGAUGAAAUUGAGCAUGAGAAACGCAUCUGGAGACGCCGGGCCGACGAAGACUCCAUCAGGGUCAUCGGCUUCUUUGGGGGAAGCAAGAUCAAACCCACUUGGUCUGAUUUUGAUGUUGGGGUUUGUACCAUCGAGAAGGCCAAUGCGCUUAUCAACACGGCGAUCGAUGAUUGUUCGAUCAACCACUUGAAGGCGGUCGUCUUGGACGAACUUCACAUGAUCGAUGAUGAUCACCGCGGAUAUCUUAUGGAAUUAAUCGGGACCAAAUUGCUUACCUUGCCUCAGCCAGUCCAAAUCAUCGGGAUGAGUGCUACGAUGUCUAACAUUAAUCUCCUGGCUAAUUGGCUCGGUGCUCAUUCGUAUGAGACACGUUAUCGCCCAGUGCCGAUCGAAGAGCAUCUCGUGUAUGAAGGGAACGUCUAUCCGGCUGCCACGAUGAGUGAGCUGCUCAAGACGGCCAAUCACUUGAAAACAGGAACACAACCAGAACUGCUGACUUCCAAAGCGAUAAGACGGGUCGAGCCAUCCGGCCACAAAGAGUUCCAAGACCCAGUACUCAAUGCGGUUGUGUCACUCGCCAGCGAGACGGCCAGAGCGGGAUAUGGAGCGCUAGUAUUCGCCAGCAGCCGCUAUGGCUGUGAAUCCGAUGCUCGAUGGAUAGCCAGAGUGAUGCCGAUGCAAAACGAGCUCGACCCCGCCCUGGUUGAAAAACGCAUCGAUUUACUUGCCGAGCUACGUAGCCUCGGGACGGGACUCGAUCCUGUACUCGAGGAGACAGUACCGAUGGGUGUGGCUUUUCAUCACGCCGGCCUGACAAUUGAAGAGCGGGAUCUAAUUGCCAGUGCAUAUGACACCGGAGUCAUCAAAGUGUGCAUAGCCACGUGUAGCCUGGCAGCCGGCAUUAACUUGCCGGCACGGAGAGUCAUUCUCCAUAACGCCCGCAUGGGCCGAGAUUUCGUCGGGCCCUCAAUGCUUCGGCAGAUGCGUGGACGAGCCGGCCGAAAGGGGAAGGACGAAGUCGGAGAGACCUAUCUGUGCUGCCGAAAGGACGACCUUGAGAAGGUAGUCGACCUGAUGCAUGCCGAAAUGCCGCACAUCACAAGCGGUCUAACGACAGACAAGCAGCGUAUUCAGAGGGCUCUGCUAGAAGUUAUCGCCGUGCGGUUAGCAACAAGUAGAGAUAGUCUUGAUGAGUACAUCCGUAAGACGCUACUGAGCCACUCCAGCUCCCUCGAGGCUCUCCAGGAAUGCGUUGAGGCGAGCCUUCAAAACCUGCAGAAGAUGGAUUUUGUGGUAACAGAUGUCUGCGGAAAUUAUCAGCCAACAACGCUAGGCAAGGCAGUUGUAGCCGCUGCUCUAGAUCCCGACGAUGGAGUGUUUAUUCACAAGGAGUUGGAAAGGGCACUCCAGGCAUUCGUCAUGGAUGGAGAGAUGCACAUUCUCUACACCUUUACUCCCGUCCAGAACUUCGGCACCAACGUCAAUUGGCAGGUGUUUCGGAACGAAAUGGAGAACCUCGACGACAGCGGCCAUCGAGUUCUGGGGUUUCUCGGGCUCAAAUGUGCCAUGAUCAACAAGCUGGCGCAGGGUAGCACGCUGAAGGAAACGACCGCGGAAGAAAAGGAGACGGUUCGUGUGUACCGUCGGUUCUACAUGGCUUUUCAGUUACGAGACCUGUGCAACGAGAUGCCCAUUCAGGCCGUUGCGCGUAAGUACGACGUGCCCCGUGGCGCUGUCCAAACUCUCUCGCAGACCUGCCACGGUUUUGCGGCUGGGAUGAUCAAGUUCUGCGAGCACAUGGGCUGGGGAAUCAUGGCUGCCGCACUGGAUCACUUUUCGGACAGACUGAGGGCAGGCGCCAAAUCGGACCUGUUGGCUUUGGCACAGAUUACCUUUGUGAAGAGCAGGACGGCGAGAGUUUUCUGGGAGAAUGGCUUCCGCAGCGUCGCGGCCAUCGCAAAUGCAGACCCCAGCGAGCUUCUCCCGGUUCUCAUGCAGGCCCAACCGAGUAAACUACGCAUCAAGGGGCAGGAAAGCGAGAAAUACGAGGAGAAACUCAAGGCUAAGGCUAGGGUCAUCUCAGACUCGGCCAACCGACUGUGGCAGAUACAGAUGCAACAGGAGGUCUACGAGGAAGAAUAA